GCUUGCUCCAAUGUCUACUAUAAACAAACUCAUGAUUCCACAAUAUUCAUGAUAACAGUGUGAUUAUCUCCAAUAAUUUCUGUAUCAGAACCCUAAUGGCGCAUUGUAGAUCGAAUUUUUUAUUCGUAAUCUAUCUAUCCAUCUUUCUACUGAUUGCUAAUGCAGCUAAAAGUUACUAUGAUAUACUUCAAGUUCCGAAAGGUGCAUCAGACGAUCAGAUUAAACGAUCAUAUAGAAAGCUUGCGUUGAAAUAUCAUCCUGAUAAGAAUCAAGGAAAUGAAGAUGCUAACAUAAAGUUUGCUGAAAUUAACAAUGCUUAUGAAGUGUUGUCGAACAGCGAAAAGCGGAGUAUUUACGACCGGUACGGUGAGGAAGGGCUUAAACAGCAUGCUGCUGGUGGCGGAGGAGGCGGAGGGGUGAAUAUUCAGGACAUUUUUAAGUCUUUUUUUGGUGGCGGAGCAGACCAAGAAGAGGAGGACCGGGUGGCAAAAGGUGAUGAUGUAAUCGUUGACCUCGAUGCAAGUUUGGAGGAUUUGUACAUGGGAGGGUCCCUAAAGAUUUGGAGGGAGAAGAACAUUUUAAAGCCUGCUCCAGGUAAAAGACGCUGCAACUGCAGGAAUGAGGUUUAUCACCGGCAAGUUGGUCACGGAAUGUUCCAACAGAUGACAGAGGAGGUCUGUGAGCAGUGCCCUAAUGUAAAGUAUGCAAGGGAAGGGGACUUUAUAACUGUGGAUAUAGAGAAAGGAAUGCAAGACGGGGAGGAAGUGGUCUUUUAUGAGGAGGGUGAACCAAUUAUAGAUGGUGAACCUGGAGAUUUGAGGUUCCGCAUUCUUACAGCUCCACACGACAGGUUUAGGAGAGAAGGCAAUAACCUUCACACAACUGCCACAAUAACUUUGGCACAAGCACUUGUUGGGUUCGAGAAGACGGUUAAACACCUUGACGAUCAUCUAGUGAACAUCGGCACAAAGGGAAUUACAAAACCAAAGGAAGUGAAGAAGUUUAAAGGCGAAGGAAUGCCACUGCACUUUAGCAACAAGAAGGGUGAUUUGUAUGUUACUUUUGAAGUUCUUUUCCCUACAUCACUAACAGAUGACCAGAAGACCAAGAUCAAAGACAUUCUCGGUUAGUUAGUUAGAUAGCAGGAUACAUGUAUAAUAUAUUUGUUAUCAAGGCUGGUCCAUAGAUUUCUUGUAGAACAAAAUGCCACCCGUAAACCAUUUUUAGAUGUCAAACAUUGUAAACAUGAGAUUGAAUGAUUUGGAUAUAGCUAUGCUGAAAUCUUAAAGUGCAC